AUGAUGAGAACGAGGCGAGCCACUAUGGGUUGGAGAGUUCUUGGAGAAAAACUGAGCGACCUUGUGAAGCUCAUCGAACUACGCGCCCAGGUACAAGACUGGCUGCCAAGUUCCUCGUUGCAGCGUUUGGGGCUACCGCCCUCACAGGCGGCCUUACGACCUUCUACCCCAACUUCCGCGCCUACCGCACCGAUCAAGGCCAAGCAGGCGGAUGCAGAGCUGGAGUAUGCGGAGGUGAUCAAGUAUGCCAGCUUUCUGGGUGUGAGACAGUCGAAGAUGCCGGCCCAAGCUCUUGUAACAGAGCGUGCCCAUCCUCGGGAGGACUUGAAGGGAGCGGGCAACCAGUACAAGAGGGAGAUCUACUGCGGCAAGUGUAUGGGGAGGUGGCAGCAUCUGACUCCAGAGGAGUUGCACAAGAAGAAGAUGGAGGUGUUGGUUACCCCGAGUCCGCCGUCGAGAUUGGCUGCGAGUUCAGGGUCAAUGACUUCGGGGCCCAUGACAACGUUGUGUCUGUGCAACAAGCCGGCGUUUCGCUGGCAGGUGAAGAAGAAAGGCCCAACUCACGGAAGGCACUUCUACAAGUGUCAGAGCCGGAUCUGCGACUUCUUCCUAUGGGACCCAGUGGAAUGA